CGGCGACCGGUCCGGAAACUGGCCACUCGUCAGUCAACUCAAGAUUCGCUCAUACCGUACCGGUACAUCUUUCAAUAUAUUACUGGAAUUCUCCGAUUGAUUUUAUCGCCCGCAUUAUCAUAGAGAGGAAACCACGAUAUUGUACCAAUUCUAGUAUGAUUACUAUAAAUUUUUCAUUUGAGCUGGAUGCAAUUUUCACUCUCAAGAUGAAGAUAUAUUCUGCAUGAGUGAGCCUAACAGAGUAAAAGCCUGUCUAUCUUGAGGACACAACACACACAACACCCAAACCAGCUAAUACCUCCCAGACAGUCCCUGCGGCAGCAGCGAUGGGGGGAGGUACCAGCAAGAACAAGACCCAGGAUGAUCAAGCAGGACUGAACCUAAGCAAGGAUGAGAGACGCUUCCUACAGAGAUGUCUUUACAGCCUCCCGUUCCCUCCAGGAACCAUCAACGCUGAGAUGGUAGCUGCUGCUGCUAGAAUGGUGGAGAGAUUAGAGUAUCAUGAUCCUAUCAAUAUCUUGACAAAAGGUGGUCGAGCCAAGGGUAUCUACAUCCUGGUCAAAGGUCAAGUCAAGGUCCUAUCAGUCAGCAAUGAACCUGUAGCCAUUCUCUCUCCUGGUGAGUUCUUUGGAGAGAUCUCGACCCUCUUCUAUGUUCCUGUCACUGCGACUGCUCAAUCAUCAGCUCAAGCUCAGUUCCUCUUACUGAAAGAAGAGAACCUUCGGAAGGCAACCGGUGAGGUGGUAUCAACAGACCUGAUGGACUACUACGUCAGACAACGUUACUUUGAUACCAGCGGAAAGCUAGACCAGGCACAACUCAUGAACAGGAUCUGUCUAACCACGCUGGAAAGGAUACCACUCUUUAGCAAAUGGAAGGGUGAUGCAUGUUCAUCACUAGUCAAACAAUGCAAGGAUGAUAUUGGUAUACAGUAUCCAGUCUUACUCAUCCCAGAUAUGACAAUGAUGGUCAUGGAGGAAGAUAAAUCAGAAGAGAUUGUCAUCGUCACAAGAGGAAAAGUGGAGGUCAGAAGAGAAAAAGAAUCCAUCACAGUCAUUGAUGUUGAAAGGUGGCCAUUUUGGAUUGGAGAAGAAGGUCUCUUCGCCAAUAUUGACAACACAUGCUCUGUCCGUGCUGUAGGACCUUGCCAAGCCAUCAGGAUUAAGAAAUCUACUAUUCAAAAUAUCACUAAUAAAUUCAAGGUCGAAGCAGGACAUGACUUUGAGAAGCGAGCCAAGGUUUGGGAAACAAGAACAAACCAACACAAUCGGUUAUCUGACAGAAUGAAAGCUGAAAUACUCCUACCUGUGCUCAUCAAUACCUUAUCAAGAUCAGAGAUGUUUUCAAGGGCUUCACUGGUUUUUGUCUAUAAUCUGGCCAUGUUUUUCAGCGCUGAAGCAUAUGAUGAUAAAGCUGUUAUCAUUAAUGGUUCUGGGAACCCAGCCAAGAUGAAGAAGGCUCUCCAAGCCAAGAAAGCUGAGCAGAUAAACAAACAGAAUCAGAAGAAUGCCAUCCAAGGAUCAUCAGCAUAUAAAUCUAUUCAGGGAACCACUGCUUCAAAUUUCAUCUCAGAGAAUGAUGUGUUCCUGAUGCCACUAAAAGGAGAAAUGUUUAUUCCUGGUGUGGACAAUUUCACCUUUGAGGAAAAGAGUAUUAUUUAUCUUCCUGAAGCACAACUCAAAGAAAUCAAACUCACUGCACAAGGAGAUACGCUAGUUCUUACCAUAGAGGGCAGCAGACUACUCAGCUUAUGCAACUCAUAUCCUGACAUACAGGUCAACAUACCCAGGCCUGUUUUAUGAUUAUAGACUUCUCUUUUUAUAAUUUGAAUCAGCGAAAUAUAUUCAUUGAUAAUAAUAGCUGGAUUUAUAAAGCACUUUCUGCCUGAGGAUACAAAGUGCUGCAAUUAUAACCCCAGCUUGAGCUCGAGCUACCAUUUUUUUUUCGACGACACUCGGAACAUUCAAAGAAUUGAUCCUGCCAGGUUCCCAUAUACACAUAUAAUUUUGUAAAUUGUACAUGUGCUUGUAUAGUGUAUGCUCAAGUUGUGACAAAGUCAUAUUUUUAUACAUUUUCUAUUAGUGUUUUCUAAUUUUUAUACAACUAUUAUUCCUCAUGCAAAAGGUCAAGUUUUAUUUAAUACAUUUUAAUAUGAAAUAUUUAAAUGGAAAAGAAAGGUGUGCUAUGAAAGUCUUACAGUGUUACUAAUUUCCGUUGUCUUCAUUGUAAGAUCUUAAGACAAAUCUCCAAUUAAAUAACGGAAUUAUCCCAUAAUCAUAAACUACAAAACUUAUUUCAUAUAUAUAUGUUGCUUCCUUUACAUUGAUUCUGAAAUAUAGUUCAAAUAUAUGAUUUCAAUGAAAUGUAUAAAAUACGAGUGUGUAUUCAUAAACUGAUAUUCUUUACCUGUGUAAUAAACAUAUUUAUCUAAUAACUCAUAUUUUCAAGUAAUUUUUCUUCUCUGGUAAUAAUAUCUUGAUUAUCAUUAUCUAUAUGAGGUAAAGAAUGUAUCAAUCUAUUUUCAUAGUUUUUAAUAAAUUUCUAGUACUGUCUUUCCUCCCAUAUAUAUAUACAUAUAUAUAUUUAUAUAUAUAUAUAUAUAUAUAUAUUUUUUUUUUUGGGGGGGGGGGUGCAAAACCAAAGAGAAAUGACCAUGACUGAAUAUAGAAGAAUGUCUCAUUCGUAUGAUUUAUUAACUCUAUAUUCUCAUUGGGGAUUCGUUUUCUUUUGAGUUUUUGACUCAAGAAUGAGAAGUGGACAUGCUGAAUGAUUGAUGUCCUUGAAGAAUGUCUUCAGAUAAGCACAUGUACAUGGAUGCUUUUUAUACGUCACAAACUCACAUUAUCAAAACAAAAAUAAGAUUCAUGAAUUAGGGCAGAGUCAUUUUUUUCAUGCAUUUUAAUAAGAAAUGAGAAAGAAUUAAUAAGGGUGUGGUUUUGGUGCCUUCAACCAUACUAGGUAGUAUAAUGGGCUUUUGGGGGAUGAUAAGAAUUUUUAUUUUU